AUGGGGCCCCCAGGCCCGCUGCCCCGCGAUGAGGCCACGGCGGCGGAUGAGCCAGCGUGCGCGCCAACGCGCGCCGACUUCCGCACCGCCGCACCGCGGGAGACGCGCAAUGGGUCGUCGAGUCCCGCACCUCCCCGGCGAGCGCACGCCGCGCGCACACGGGGGCGCACGCCCCUGCACCCUCACUCACACGCGCUGCACACUCACGGCGUCUCCGACCCCACCCUGGGCCAAGAAACUGCGGGCUCCCGGCACCCCGCCAGGGCCCCACCCAGUCCACCAGACUCUACCCCCCUGCUCGGGCGCCGGGGGACCAGACCGCCGAGGCCAAGGGCCGCUGAGGCCGCCCGCCGUCCAUCCCGGAGGCCCGCCCGGUCAGGGUUCCUCAGCACCGCGCGGGCACCGCGCGCCCGGCCCCGAGACGAGGCAGGGAGGAAGGGGCGGCGCCACGACUGGGGCUGGCACCGAGGAUCGAUGACUGGGGCAACCCCCCUAACCCACGCACCCACCCACCCAUCAUCAUCACCACCACCACCACCACCUUUUCUGCAGCACAAAAGGUUGCAGAAGGAACCGCCGUCCCCGUGCAACCUACCAGUGGCCCACAGCUCCGCCGCCUCCGCCGUGCUUGGGGUCGCGGAGACUGAGACAAGGGCUCGGGAGGCGCAGGGCUGCGGCGUCGAGAUCCGGGCUGAGGCCGCCAGCCGAGCCAGCCGGGUACCCUCUCCGCUCCCACCGCUCUCGGCGCCAGCUACGGCCCGGCGUAGUCCCCGCCUCCUUCUCCUCCUCCGCCGCCGCCGCCGCCGCACGCCUUCCCGCCCUCCUCCCUCUGGCUGCAGAGGCGCAGCCCGUCAGCGCUGA